GGUUGCUCUUCUGUUAGCUUUUCACCUGCAAAGCGACAAACCAACAGCUCUCAUUGUAACGCACUUACAGCGGUGGCAUGUUUUUCCGUUGUUGCUACCGGACUUAUGCGGUGUUUAGUAGUUUUUACGGUAUUAUCACUCAAAAUUAGUUAGCUAGCGUCGGGUUAGCCACCUGUUGCUAACCUGGAGGAUCAUCACCCAGGACGGUGAUUUAUUGGGAAGAGGACACUUUGAUUUGUAGUGUUUUACUAGUCGGAUAGCUUUCUUUCUCCACCGGUUGUCAGGGCAACGAUGACCAAACUCAUUCAUGUGGUUGCUAUGACAAAAUUAUCCAUUUAUUUGUUCGUUAAUCUGAUUACCUCCACAGUUUAUAGUUAGCGUUUUCCCCACCAGACGAAGCUAGUGCUUGUCACUAAUCAUAAGAUUUGCUUCGUCAGUCAGUUUUAGUAGUUUUGUAGCCCCCCCUCGCCCCCCUACCCAAUGUCACUAAGUAUGGACACAUCCAGUGAGUCGGAUUCUUACGACAGGGUGCGGGGUCAUAGGCCUAGGGGGGGUCGUGAAGCCCACCGUAGACCUGGACGGGACAGGGGCAGAGGAGGCAGUGGAGGAGGUGAUGGCCGAGCAGCAGCAGCAGGAGGAGCAGACAUGUCCGAGAAGAUCAGCACACUGGCGAGCACUUUGCAGGACACCAGUAAGAACUUGACCAAAGUGGACCGGAUGCUGGGUCAGUACAGGGAUCAUACAGAUGAUCAGGCUGAUGCCAUGGCGUUGCUUAGAGAUAACCUGGAGCAGUCGAUCAGUCAGCUGCAGUCGCACAGGCUGGGCAGAGUCAAUGGCGCUCGAAGUGCCUCAGCCUCCACCCUUCACACCAGUGACCUGGAAGGCGGCUCGGGAUCAGAUGGCCAGCGUUUCUACCCUACUUCUCCACUGAGGGACUAUGCAGACACUCCAGCAAGGCGAAGAAGGUCACAGUCUGCCGGGGUUCGCUUCAAGGAUGCCAGCCUGACAGGAGAGGAAAUUCACACUAUGCACCGGUCCUUGAGGGAUCUGCAUUGUGACCAGCAGAGACUUUCAGGUGACCUGGAUAGAGAAAUCCUCAGGAGGAACAGGUCGGAUAUUGACACCAGGAAAGCGAUGGAGAGCCUCACUGAGCACAUGACAACUUUCCCGAGACAGGACCCAGUGUCAUCUCGUGUGGAGCGGCGUCUGCAGGAGCUGGAGAGAGAGAUGCACACUGAGGAAAGGAGCACGGAGAGAGAGAGAAGGCCUGAUCAGCGGGUGGCCAUGUCUGACGAGCUGCAGGAGACUUCAGGGAGACGCAGAGUCCAACACCAUGAGACAGAGGAGGCCACAACUACCAGACUACUGAAAGCAGACAGAGAGAAGUCCAAGAUGGAGCAGGAGCUGGAAAGAGCUAGGAGACUACUAGAACAGUCAGAGGACAACAGACAAGCCCUCUUUCAUCAGGUGGAGGACAUGCGCGAUGAGCUGCUGAGGAUGAGGAAGGAGAAGACUGAGCUUCAGAGGGCCCGGCUGGAGACUUCGCAGCCCGCUGCUCAGCCACAUGGCAACCACACCGACAGGGAGGAGAGAAGAAAUGGACUGCGAGGGCCAGAUCGUUCAGACCUGGAAAGAGAGGUGGCGGAGCUGCGAGUUCAGCUGUGUAAGGCCUCAGUCCAAAGUGAGGUGGAAGAACUGAAGAGCACUCUGGACCGCAAGGAGAAGGAGAGAGUCCAACUCAGCUUACAGGUGGAGGAAUUGUCAUCAGAUCUGGCACGGCGGGAGCAGCAGCAGCUACGAAUGCUGGAACAGUUGAGGGAGAUACAGAGCCGAGGGCAGGCAGAGAGGAGAGAGACGGAGGCGUUACUCCAAGAGAGCAAGAGGAGCAGAGAUGAAUUGAAGACCAGGGCCCAGGAGGCUGUGCGCCAGUGGAGGGCAAAGUGCAAGAGACUGCAGAAGGAGCUGGAGGAAGAGAGAGCCCAGGCUCACUUCCAUACUGACAAGGCCUCGCAGGCAGCCAGGGAAAAAGAGAGCUCUCAGGCCCAGCUGAAGGCGCUGAGCCAGCAGACUGAGGCAGCCCGCAGGGAGCUCGCUGAAAUCCUAGCCCGUUUUGCCCAGCGCGAAGAAGAGCUCCACCGCAAGGACGUGGAGCUGUCCGAGACCCGCCAACGCCAGUUGUCACUGGAGCAGGAAAUCCGGGAGGUGAGGGAGGCCUCAGCUACCCUGGAGGAGGAAAAUCGACGUCAGGUAGCCAUCAAGGCAAGACUGAAGGAAGACAAUCAGAGGCUGGAGGAACAAGCUGACACCCAAGCCCGUCGCUGUCAGAGAGAGCAGAACACGCAGACUGAGGUUCAAGCCACCCUGAAGCAGAUGACCUCAGCCCACGCCCAGCUAACCCAGCAGUUGGCUGAGGAGGAGAAGUCUAAAAAGGAGCUCAAGAGGAGCUCCUCUGAACUACAGACCAAGCUUACAGUGGUUCAGGAGGAGCGGGCCUCGCUGGGGAAACAGCUGCAGCUCGAGAGAGAGGUGCAUCAGAAGGAACUGGUCAACAUGAAGGCAAUGAUGGAGGACAGUAGGACUAAGAAGGACCGCGAAAUGCAGGGCAUGCUCAAGCUCUGCUGUCAGGAACGGGAUGAAAUCCAGGCACACCUGAAGCAGGUUAAAGCAGAUGCAGCGUCAGACAAGGAGCUGUGUGGGGCUCUGCGCAUCAAGUUGGACAGAAUGAAAGAUGAGUGUGAUAAGCUAGCAGCACAGCUGAGCACAAAAGAGGAGGCACAUGCAGUUCUCCACAGAAAGUACCAGCUACUCAAACAGGAACUGGAUGACAAAGUCAGGUCAGGUGAGCGGAGACGUGCUUCGGAGUCAGAGCUCGUUAAGCUGGAGGACAAGGUGUUGCGGAUGGAGGCAGAACAAGAGGCAGUUCUUACCUCCAUGGGUGAGGAACUCGAUGCAGCCUGCCGCAGCUUGGCUAGGAACGGUGAAGACAAAUUACAGGCGAUCUCCCAGAAACCCGGAUUAGUAAAAGACCCCCACCGCUGGCUAGCUGAGACAAAGACCAAACUACGCUGGCUGUGCGAGGAGGUGCGGGAGCGCGACACGAGAGAACAGAGCCUGAGGAAGCAACAUCAGCAGACCAGAGAUCAGUUGAAGGCCCUCAGGCAGAGCCGGGACACAGAACAGGCGGCUCUCCUGCGGCGCCUGGACCAACAGGAGAAGCUGCUGCACUCCCUCAGCACUGAAAAGAAAGAGCUGCUGGAGAGGACUCGCAGGAAGGAGGAAGAAAUGAGGAGCCUUCAGGACCGCGUUUUGGAUCUGGAGAUGAACACCAGAGUAGCCUUGGACCACUUGGAGUCAAUCCCAGAGAAACAGUGUCUUAUGGAGAACUUCAAAGAUUUGGAGGACUCACAGCGGCAGAAGGAGUUGGUCGAGCAGCGCUACAGCAAAUACAAAGAAAUCGUCUGGGGCCUGCAGCACCAGCUGGAUGAGUCCAAAUGCAAAAUUCAAGAGUACAGAGUACGACACACACAGACAGACUGUAGCAAUUCUGUACUCUCACAAAAUGAGCUUUAUAAUGCCUUAAAAGAGCCUGUGCUCCAAAACAACAACCCACCCCUUUUUCUAUUUCAGUCUCUAAUUGCACUGCUUUGUUCAAACAGCAGCCGUUUGGAUAAGGAUAGCCUGACUUUGAGAGCCAUUUAUGAGUCUAGCUCGCCCACAUCGGUGCCAGUGUGUGCACUACACCUCAUUUGCAACUUGUAUGAAUAAAUGAAUAAUUUCACAUGCUGGUAAUGCAUCAUGGAUGGACAGAGUGGGACAAGCUCGAGCAACGGGCACAAAUGUACACUCUAACAAAACCUGAAAUUUACCAGUCACAUUUAAUUGCUACAGUCAUUUUCUCUCCUAUAAAGCAGCCGAGGGAGUCAUCAAGACAUCAUUGUUGACAGCUGAUUGCUAUCAGCAGUUUGCAAGCUCCCCUAAACAGCCAUACAGUCACUUUUUUAAUGGUUUUAAUCUGCCAGAUUACCCCGUUGGUUUGCCAAAUGACUCCCUUGCUGAGUGAUAAGUAGUAAUUGCAUUAGCUUAAUAACAGCUGCCCACCCGGGGUUUGUUUAAGGAAAAAGGAUUCAUGGGGAGACUUCAAAAGACUUCUAUCUUGACCAAAGUUUGCACCAACAAACAGCUUCUACGUCAAAUGUAAAAGGGAAACAGCGGUUAUUAAAGCUCUGCUCAGCCAACGUUAAUUUUAGGGUCGGUGCUGACUUGGCGGUGCUUGCAACUGAAUCACAAAAUAUAUGGAGAUAUCUGAUCAGCAUGGGACACUUUAGCCUGCAUGUUUACAGGGAAAUAAAUGUGUUUAAGAGCAGCUCAAAUCACUCACUUCCCAAACGGAGGAUUGUAUAAUUUUGUAAAACCGUCGGGAUCCAACACUUGUCCAUACAAGCACUUUGGGGACAGCCAAUUUUUGACCCUUCUUAUUACUGUAAGAUAUAUCCUAUACAGAGCUGUUCACACUCGGGUGCACCGCAGGAUGGAAAUUAUAUACAGUGGAAUUAAAACAUGCCAGGACUACAGUCUCAUUCUCAGAUGUCGGUUACACUUUGGACUAAGAGACUAAUGUAAUAUCCCAUCAACUAGUGAAUGGAUUGAUGUGAAAUUUGAUUCUGAAUUUUUCCAUCUUGAGUUCAACUGUUAUCAAACAGCUGAAGAUGGAAUCUGUCAUUGUUACUAAUGAGUAGGGCUGGGUAUCAGUACUCAAAACCAUUAAAGGUAUCGACAGAAAUAAAUCUAGACCAAGUAGUAUCGGAACAUCUCCCGUCAAACGAUACCUGCAAUCAAUUGUUUUUGCACUCAGAGCUAGAAAAUAUGACUAUUUGUACGGUCCUGCUCACAGUCAAUCAAUGCAAACGUUCUUCGAUGUAAUGCGACAUGUGAUCGCAGCUACAACCUGUCCGUGGUGGUGAAGUCGCGGUGAAUUAAGUUAGCGUGCUUAGUAGUUCAGCAGCCAAGAUGCCACCUAAACGCUCUAAAGUGUGGCUACACUACACACCUGUUACACCGGAUAAAAGCAAGUGUACUAAAUGUGUAAAUGAGUAUCAAAUGAAGUACCAAAUUGGUAUCAGUAUCACUUUAUGGGUACCUGAAUUGGUGCUAGUAUCAUAAUUUGUUAAACAAUACCCGGCCCUACUAAUGAGUCUAGUUUACUCACUGUGUGAAUCAUCAUCUUUACAAUUUAAGCUUUUAGUUUGAGCAUUUCCAUUUUACAUUUUAAACUUCACAUUUUUCAUUACCACUUUACAUUUUCAAAUUAUUAUUUUACAUUAAAUUUACUUUUUCAAUUUCUUUUUUUAGUUUAAUUAUGACCUGAUUAUUCCUAGUAGAGUAGUAAAAUAGUCAUCUUUUUUAAAUCAUGUCAGUAUCUCUUUUAAUUUUCUAUUUGGACUUUUUCAAUUUUAAUUGUGACUAAAAAUAUCCUCCAUACUUUACAGCCUCACACAGAGUUGCUAGCCCGGCUGUAGGCUUUUAGUGGU